CCGGAAGGGUGGAUGCUCCCGGCAAGGGACAGGGGAAAGCCCGGUGGCGGGAAGGCUUUAUUGGCGAGCGGCUGGAACGGAAAGAAAUUUGGAUCUCUGAUUCAAUUUGAGAAUGGCCUCUGUUACAGCUCUGACUGAGGAACUGGAUUCAGUAACCAAUGAGCUACAUGCAGUGGACAUUCAAAUUCAAGAGCUUAUGGAAAGGCAACAAGAGCUUAUUCAGAAAAAAACUGUCCUAACUAAGAAAAUAAAGGAGAAUUUAGAGGAUUCUCAUGCUGGGGCAAGCAACGAGUGUGAUUCUUCACCUGCUGCUUGGAAUAAAGAAGAUUUUCCCUGGUCUGGUAAGGUUAAAGAUGUUCUGCAAAAUGUCUUUAAACUGCAGAAAUUCAGAUCGCUGCAGCUUGAAACUAUUAAUGUAACAAUGGCUGGAAAGGAGGUAUUUUUGGUCAUGCCUACUGGAGGUGGAAAGAGUUUGUGUUACCAGUUACCAGCAUUAUGUUCAGAUGGUUUUACACUCGUGAUUUGUCCAUUGAUCUCUCUUAUGGAAGACCAAUUAAUGGUUUUAGAACAAUUAGGAAUUUCAGCUACCACAUUAAAUGCUUCUAGUUCUAAGGAGCAUGUGAAAUGGGUUCAUGCUGAGAUGGUAAAUAAAAACUCCAAGUUAAAGCUAAUUUAUGUGACUCCAGAGAAAAUUGCAAAAAGCAAAAUGUUUAUGUCAAGACUAGAAAAAGCCUAUGAAGCAAGAUUAUUUACUCGAAUUGCUGUGGAUGAAGUUCACUGCUGUAGUCAAUGGGGACAUGAUUUCAGACCUGAUUAUAAGGCACUUGGUAUCUUAAAGCGGCAGUUCCCUAAUGCAUCCCUAAUUGGGCUGACGGCAACUGCAACAAAUCACGUUUUGAAGGAUGCUCAGAAAAUUUUGUGUGUUGAAAAGUGUUUUACUUUUACAGCAUCUUUUAAUCGGCCAAAUCUUUAUUAUGAGGUUCGGCAGAAGCCCUCAAACACUGAAGAUUUUAUUGAGGAUAUUGUAAAGCUCAUUAAUGGGAGAUACAAAGGGCAAUCAGGAAUCAUAUAUUGCUUUUCUCAGAAAGACUCUGAGCAAAUUACGGUUAGUUUACAGAAGCUGGGAAUUCAUGCAGGUGCUUACCAUGCCAAUAUGGAACCAGAAGAUAAGACCAAAGUUCAUAGACAGUGGUCAGCCAGUGAAAUCCAGGUAGUAGUGGCAACGGUUGCAUUUGGUAUGGGAAUUGAUAAAUCAGAUGUGAGGUUUGUCAUUCAUCAUUCAAUGAGCAAAUCUAUGGAAAACUAUUACCAAGAGAGUGGACGUGCAGGUCGAGAUGACAUGAAAGCAGACUGUAUUUUAUAUUAUGGCUUUGGAGAUAUAUUCAGAUUAAGUUCAAUGGUGGUCAUGGAGAAUGUGGGACAACAGAAGCUUUAUGAGAUGGUAUCAUACUGUCAAAACAUAAGCAAAUGUCGCCGUGUAUUGAUAGCUCAACAUUUUGAUGAAGUGUGGAACUUAGAAGCAUGUAACAAAAUGUGUGAUAAUUGUUCUAAAGGCAUUUCAUUUGAAAGAAAGAAUGUAGCAGAAUACUGCAGAGAUCUAAUCAAGAUCCUGAAGCAGGCAGAGGAACUGAAUGAAAAGUUAACUCCAUUGAAACUGAUUGAUUCUUGGAUGGGAAAGGGUGCAGCAAAAUUGAGAGUAGCAGGUGUUGCUCCUCCCAAACUUCCUCGUGAAGACCUGGAGAAAAUUAUUGCGCACUGUCUUCUACAGCAGUAUCUUAAAGAAGACUACAGUUUUACAGCUUAUGCUACCAUUUCAUAUUUGAAAAUAGGACCCAAAGCUAAUCUUCUCAACAGUGAAGCACAUGUUAUUACUAUGCAAGUAAUGAAACCUACACAGAGCUGUUUCAGGGUUGAAUCAUCUCCAACUUGUCAUUCUGAACAAGCUGACAGAAAGAAGGAAGAAAAAAAUUCAGGUGACUUCCAGAAGAAGUCUGCAAAUAAGAUUCACCAAUCUGAAGCCAAGAAUACAGGGGCUAAGAAAAGAAAAAUGGAUGAUGCCCAGGAUGAGUGUUACUAAAUUUUCCAAGAAAAGAACAGUUUAUGCACAUUUAUAAUAUCAUUUUUAUAGUUAAUCAAAGCUUAAUGUCUAAGACAGUUUCACUAAUACCUUAUCUAUAUAGACCUGUAUUUUUAAAAUUUAUCUGUUAGGUAUUGAUGAGUUUUACACAUCUGAAAAUUUCAGACCAUAAAUAACAUAUAAUUUUAUAGUAUAUGAGAAAUUAACUUUUUUUAUAGGAAAUCUUUACACAUAAGAUAUUUAAGACAAUAUGUCCACAUAUCUUAAGGUUUUUAUGCCUUAAUAUCCUUAGUUGUAGUUUCUUUUGACUUAACCCUGUUAUGACAGAAAUAUUAUUAUACUGAAAAUUUUACAUGUUUAUCCCUAGACAUGAGUGAUAUUUUAAGCUGAAUAAUGUAGAUGAUUUCAGGUUAUAUAAACAGCUAUAGAAUCCAAACAAAAAAAAGGAAUAAAGUUUCAGUACAAUAUUAGCAAAUAAGAUACUACUUCAUCUCUAAGUAGAAUAAAAUUACAAGCUCAUUGAAACCACAGCCCUAUUUUUUUUUCUUUCUUUUUAAAAUUAUUGAUUUAUUGAUGGAACUAUCUUUGGCUUCCUAACUACAAAUCCUUUGGGUUGUGUAGGAAGAAUGACCUUUGAGACCUGAAUUAAAAUGGUCAGCCUGAAACUGCAAAGGAAUAUCUAACCAUUUCCCCAAAUAUAUAAUGAGGUGGUCUAGUUUUUUUAAAAAUUUUUAUUGUGGUAACUUACAUACAAAUUUCCCAUUAUAACCACUGUUGUAUAUAAAUUUCCCAUUAUAACCAGUUUUAUACAAUUCAGUGAUAUUAAUUACAUACACAAUAUUGUGCUACUAUCACCACUGUCUAUUACCAGAACUUUUUCAUCACUCCAAACAGAAACUUCUCAUUAGGCAGCAACUCUCCAAUCACAGCCCUAUUUUGACAAGUCAAAAUCUUUAUCGAAGAAUGACUUUCUGGUCUACAUUUUGGUUAAGUAGAUAACCACUGAGCUAAAUUUGCUCCAAAUUUAAAUCAUGAAAGAACAUAUUUAAGUUUAAAAAAUACAGAUGAAUAAUUUAAGAUUUUUUACACAAUAGUUAAUUUUAUGUUAGAAAAUAUAUAAGUAAAUAAAUUGAACUGAUUUACUUCUUAGAUUUUAAUAUUUUUCCACUAAAAUUAUCUUCAGUGUGGUCAUCAUUAAGUCAGUGCAGUCAUUCACAAUAUUGGCUUAUGAUUUUUUUUGUCUUAUUUGGAAAUAUAUGUUUUCUUGAAAUGUCCUUUUUAAUCAAAAUAAUCUUCUAUGUCAAUAUUUGGAUCUAGCAGAUCUUCUCCAUAGGAUGAAAGAUUCAUUUGGUUUAAAAUUAGGUUUUCAAAUGUUUCUUCCAAAUCAGUUUCACCAAUUAAGACAGCUCCCAUCAUUCUCCCAUUUUGCAUGACAACUUUGACAUAUUCUUCUCCUUUGGUACAUCUCAGCAUUAGUUCAUGAUCUGAACCUAAGCCCUGUGCAUUGUAUUUUCCCAGCAAUACAACCUAUAUUUAGGGAGAAAAAAGUUCUAAUGAGGACCAAAAAGGAAUCAUAAUAUGCACUUAUUUUGUGUUAUGCUAAAAUAGCCAGCAGAAAAAUCUAUUUACAAAACUUGACAGCUAAAAAUGUCACUGGGGAGGUUCGUAAAGAAAGCAUUUAAAUGACAUUUAUAUAUUCUACAGAUGUCACUAGAACUAACCUACAUAAACAAGCAUUAAAAAUACCUAAGAAAAUUAAUAAAUAUUUAGAAUAUGGACUGUAUUAACCUGGAGUCAUGGUUUAAAAUUUUAAUAAGGAAUUGAGUUAGAUCUUUCAUGGGCAAAUCACAAUUACUUAAUUUCUGUGAGCCUGGUGUACAUGUGUGUUGUGUGUGUGUUUCUCUUUAUCUGUAAAUUAGGAAGAAAAAGCCCACCUCAGAGUAACAUAAAGAGAACUAAACAAAAUAAAAUGUGUGUGAAAACA